AUGCAGGGGCGAGCCCAGCGCCGCCUGGUGGUGACGGUGCGCGCCGCCGCGGACAUCGGCGCCUCGACCACCAGCCCGUAUGUUGUGCUGGAGCUUGGCGGCACGACCCUGGAGACUGCCGUGGCGUUGGGCGGCGACAACCCGGUAUGGGACGAGGCCAUCGAGCUGCGCCUGCCGCCGCCGCUCCCCAACGAGCAGCCCCUGCAGAUCAGGGUGCGCGUCAUGAGCCGCGUGCGCCUCUGCCCCGACCGCUUCAUCGCCAGCGGCACCACCACGCUGGGAGACCUGCUAUAUGGCGGCGGCCAGCAUGAGGCCACGGUGCAGCUGACGGACAAGGCGGGCAAGCCGGCGGGCCACCUCCACCUGGGGCUGCUCCUGGUCAAGGAGGGUGCGCCUGGAGAGGAGAUUGGCAGCGCUGCGGGCACAGUGCUGGGGUCGGUGCCUGGCGGUGGGCCGGCCUCGCCGAGUGCCGCCGCAAUGCCGGGGCCCAUGCUGCCAUCAACGGCGACAGCCGAGAUGCAGGCGAGGGAGGUGCUGGGGGCGGGCAACACAAUGGACCCAUCCAAGCCGGGAUACGGCCUGCUCACUGGCUGA